UUUGAAUUUCCAAGCGGUUAUCUUAUUUAAAAAAACCAAAAUAAUGAGCAAUAAUAAUGUUAUUUGCAUUAAUAACUUAUUACUCUACAAAUAAUCACAAAAAUUACAAGACAAAUAAUCACCGAAAAUUCAUUUUUGCUCCAAAAAAAUUUAUCACAACUCAACUCAAUUAAAACUUGUGUUUACAUCAACCAGCCUCGAAAUCACCAGGAGUUCCUGAUAAUAAUUAAAUACCAGGAUGUCGGGUAGAAAUAAACGGAGCGAGAAUAUGUCCGAUGACAUGGACGUGGAUCCAGCGGAUACGACCGGUCUCGAGAGUGAAGAAGGUGGUCUGAGGAUUGACGAGGACAUUUAUAUACCCCCAGCACCAAAAAUAUAUCACGCCAAUGAAAAUAAAGGGCCGCGGUUGAUCAUCCAGAAAAUAGUCAACAAGAAUUUCAAGAGUUACGCGGACAUCGUCGUGAUUGGUCCAUUCCACCAGUGCUUUACGUCAAUCGUAGGACCUAACGGAAGUGGUAAGAGCAAUAUCAUUGACGCGAUGCUAUUUGUCUUUGGUUAUAGAGCCAGUAAAAUCAGGUCUAAAAAAAUAUCGGAGCUGAUUCAUCGGUCGGGCGAGCAUCCGAACAUCAGCAGCUGCACGGUCGCUGUUUAUUUUCAGAAAGUCAUUGACCUGAAUGACGAAGAACGCAAGUACGAGGUAGUGCCCAAUAGUCAGGUGGUGAUCUCCAAGACAGCUUUCAAAGAUAACACGUCGUUUUAUGAACUCAAUGGCAAGAAAGUGCAAUUUAGAGAGAUAGCAAAGUUGCUCCGUGAUGAAGGAGUUGAUCUGGACCACAAUCGCUUCCUAAUUUUGCAGGGAGAAGUUGAGCAGAUCGCUCUGAUGAAGCCAAAAGCUGCUAAUGAGCAUGACUGUGGUAUGCUGGAAUUCCUGGAAGACAUUAUUGGGACUUCUAGAUAUAAGGAGCCGCUGGAGAAACUGGCGGUCAAGGUGGAGCGCUCAUGUGAGGUAGUCACUGAGAAAUUGAAUCGGCUGAGAAUUGUUGAGCACGAGAGGGAUGAGUUGAAGGAACCGAUGGAGCUGGCGGUUAAUUAUAUGAAGUGUGAAAAUGUAAUUACGAAAUUACAGCAUCAACUGUAUCACUGCAAGAAGGCUGAGUGUGAAUCUGAUGCGAAAAAACACGAGGAGCGACACGAAGAGAUUUCUGAGGACUGCAAGAAUCUUAAGGUUGAGAUGAAUAAAGUGGUGAAGGAUAAACAGCUGAAGAGUGAUGAGUUGAAGGCUAAAACUGGUGUCUGGGAUGAGAUCCAGCGACACUCGGAUACGGUUACUGUUAAAUUUGACAAGCUGCGUAAGAAGGAUGAGAACUUGCACCAGGAGUUGGUGGAGACGAACAAGAGACGGAAGGGAAACAUGGCUACGGUGAAGGCGGAGAAAGAAAAGCUCGAGCAGCUGCAGAAUGUUCCAGAGAAGAGUGCGAAGGACAUCAAAGAGUGUGAGAGUUUGAUCGAGAAGCACUUGGUGGCGCAGAAAAAGGAAGAAGCUGCUCUGGAGAACCUCAUGAGCACGCUCCAUGAGAAAACUGAACCACUGAUGAAGAAGCGGGUUGAUUAUGAAGCCCAGCUAAUGUCCCAUCGGAAAAAAAUAGACAUGGCACAGGCCGCUUUCAAUUUGGCUGAAUCUGAGCUUCAGCUGUACACCUCCGUCGAGAAGGUUGAGAAGGAAAAGCUCGAGAAGCUGCAGUCGAUGCUCAAAGAAACUGCGGAGACUUUCAAAGAACGGCAGGCGAGGCUGGCAGAGUUCGAGACUAAAAUUCCGGCGACUGAAAAAAGUUUGCUGACAAUGCGGAAGAAAUUGGACGAGAUGAAGGCGCGCGAUGAUAAAGUCACCACUGAAAUCAAGCGGAUGAGGAUACAGGUCGAGGAAAAGAAGUCAGCGAUGCACGCCACCAGGUCGAACAACCGGAUUCUGGAUGCGUUGAUGCGAGAGAAGAGGGAGGGACGAUUGCCUGGAAUACUUGGUAGGCUUGGAGAUCUAGGUGCUAUCAAUUCCAAGUACGAUGUCGCUGUUUCGACUGCUUGCGGGAGGCUUGAUAACAUUGUGGUGGACAGUGUGGACACUGCUCAGAACUGCAUUGAGUUCCUGAGGGUCAAUAACAUCGGGCGGGGUGUCUUCAUUGCGCUGGACAAGAUCCAGAGAUUGGUCUCUCAGUGUCAGAAAAAAAUUACUACACCUGAAAAUACUCCGAGACUUUUUGAUCUCAUCACUGUCGAAGAUCCUCGAGUCUUGCCAGCUUUUUACUACGGAUUGUACGACACUCUGGUUGCCAAUGACCUGGAGCAGGCUUCGAGAAUCGGUUACGGAGCUAAACGUUACCGUGUGGUGACGCUCAAAGGCGAGCUGAUAGAGACUUCUGGUACGAUGAGCGGAGGAGGCAGGACUGUGUUUCGAGGAAAAAUGGGACAGCGUAUUGUCAAAGAUGGACCUAGUGCUGCGGAAAUUGAGAAGCUUGAAAAAACUUUGAGGCAAGUCAACGACGAGUGCUUGGAACUAAGGACACAGCAGCAGCCGCUGGAGAUGGAGAUUAACAAAAUGACUGCUGAGUUGAAUGAGAUGCGGGUUAAUAAAAAUAAAUAUAGUCUAGAUGUUCGAUCGAUGGCUGACCAGCUGCCCAAACUGAAAGCGCAGCUGAAGAUCCAGGAGAAGAAGGCAGCGAGUGUUGUUUCGAACCCGGCGAAGGUCAAAGAGCUGACUAAGGUUGUUGACAAGGCAAAGAAAGAGCUGGAGGAAGUGCAGCAGCAGUCCCAGGUGAUUGAGAGCAAGGUCUCGAAGGUGAACAAGCAAAUAAAUGAGCUGACCGGUGAGAGAAUCAAAGAGCAGCAGAAGUCGAUACAGAAAAUAGUCAAAGCUAUUGACAAAGCCAAGGACGAAGUAUGCAGGCUCCAGGUAUCCAUCAAAACAUCAGAGAGAAAUACUCAGAAGACCAAAGAGCGGAUUGAUAAUCUCGAGAGUGAUAUCAAGAACUGCGAGGCCAGGAUCCAUGAGAUUCAGAAAGAGAAACGCAAGUACGAGGACGACGCCAAGGCUUUGCUGGUUAUCAUCGAAGAGUGUGCAGAAAAAUUGAAAGACAGAGAUGAGUUGACUGUCUCGCUGCGCAAAGAGCUGCAGGCCCUCCAAGAACGGGAAGACAAGAUGAAGGCUCUAAAGAUUGACUUGGACCAGAAGUUGGGGGAUAACAAAAAACUUAUUGCUGAAGUACGUCAGCGUAUCAGUGACUACGAGCGUAAAAUAGCAGUUUUGAAGCUAAACGACAUUCCAGGUGAGACUCCAGAUGAGCUGAAGGCUCUCACCGAUGACGACGUUGCCGAUCUUGAUGCUCGAACAAUUGCUGCCAAUCUAGCUGCUGCCAAAGAACGUCUGCCCGAGUCAGUGCCAAGUAUGCAAGUGAUCCAAGAGUACUUGCAGAAGGACGCGAUCUUUUUGAAAAGAUUGUCUGAAGUUGAUGAAGCAUCAGGGGAAAGAAACAGAAUCAGAGCGAGCUUCGACAUGAUAAAAAGACGGAGACACGAUGAAUUCUUUGUGGGGUUCUCGGUAAUUAAUUCAAAACUAAAAGAGAUGUAUCAGAUGAUCACCUUGGGUGGUGCUGCUGACCUGGAAUUCGUUGACUCUCUGGAUCCGUUCACAGAGGGAGUUAUUUUUAGCGUGAGACCGCCUAAGAAGUCGUGGAAAAAUAUAACCAACUUGAGCGGAGGUGAGAAGACAUUGAGCUCUUUGGCUCUGGUCUUUGCUCUCCAUCAUUACAAGCCCACUCCUCUGUACUUCAUGGACGAGAUCGACGCCGCCUUGGAUUUCAAGAACGUCUCUAUCGUCGGCACCUACAUCAAAGACAGGACCAAGAACGCACAGUUUAUCGUCGUGAGUUUGAGGUCUGAGAUGUUUGAACUCGCGGAUACUCUCGUGGGAAUUUUCAAGACUCACAACGCCACCAAGUGCGCGGCUAUAAACAUGAAAGUCUUUUCAGAGAAAAAUCCCCAGAUCGCACAGAAAGAAAAGGAGAGACAGGAACGAUUCAUGACGAACGCGAAGAGAAGCUCGCAGAUAAAGAAAAUCGGCUGUUCGCAGACGAUACCCUCGACUUGUCCCGCGGCUCUGGAGCACAGGUCCAAUGUCAGUGAUACCAGUCCCACCACCAGCAGCAAGAGAGAAAUGAGCAAUGUCUUGAGAAGACAACUCCAGUCUCCGAAAUCUAAAAAAAUGAGGCGCUCUGCGCUCCGGAGAGGACUCUCGGUUGAUUGCCUUAAUCUUUCGUCUCCAUCAAAGUCUUCGGAAGGAGACGUGGAGAAGAAAAAGAGAAGAGUUGAUUUAUUUAAAAAAUAAAUUUUAUAAUUAAUUAUAAUAAUUAUAGAUAUUUUUCUAUUAUUAAGGCUAAUGAACUUUAAAUCAACUUUGAAAAUAAUUUUUCUACCUGUGCAUAAAAAAAAAAUCAUUUAUUUUUAGACUAUAAAUAUUUUUAUCAUUAUAAGUAAUUGUU